GUUACCAGACCUACACGAAGACGUGCAUGUUUAUAGGUGCUGUAUCGAGUGCAUGCGUAAAUGGAAGCACUGUGUCGGAACUUCGUAAUUGUAGUACUGCAGCAUGUCAGUUUGGAGCAUGGAGUAAUAUUACACAAUGUACAAAUCCAUGUGGCGGGGGAACCAAAGUACAAACUCAGCAAUGUAUAACACCUGGUUGCCAUUUACCUAAUAUUAAUCGAACAGUGACCUGCAAUAAUAAUAAUUGUGGCUUUGGUGCAUGGCUCGAUAUUUCAAGUUGCUCUGUUGUUUGUGGUGGUGGUACGAAACAACAACAACGCAACUGUACCUCACCAUCUGGUUGUACAACCCCAACAGAAACUCAGAAUGUGAGCUGCAAUACUCAGGCAUGCCAGUUUGGAGCAUGGAGUAAUAUUACACAAUGUACAAAUCCAUGUGGCGGGGGAACCAAAGUACAAACCCAACAAUGUAUAACACCUGGUUGCCAUUUACCUAAUAAUAACCAAACCGUGAGCUGCAAUAAUAUUGCAUGCCAGUUUGGAGCAUGGAGUAAUAUUACACAAUGUACAAAUCCAUGUGGCGGGGGAACCAAAGUACAAACUCAACAAUGUAUAACACCUGGUUGCCAUUUACCUAAUAACAAUCAGACCAUAAGUUGCAACACACAUAACUGUACAUUUGGUUCAUGGUUUGAUGUUUCAAGUUGUUCUGCUGUUUGUGGUGAUGGGACAAAAAAUCAACAACGAGAUUGUGUUUUACCAUCGGCUUGUGGGAAUGCAACUCAAACUCAAACAGUGACCUGCAAUGUUCAGUCGUGUACAUUUGGUCCGUGGAUUGACACCUCGUCGUGUUCGUUAACCUGUGGCGGUGGAAGCAAACCGCAACAACGACAAUGCACCAUUACCAACUGUAGCAUCACGGAAAAUCGGACAACAACAUGCAACAGUGAAUCAUGUAUCACAGUGACUGCAGGUUUUAGCAACUUACCUCUUCUUAUAGCAAUCUGUGCAAUAGCUGGUGGUGUUCUUAUCUCAGCCAUCGUGUACAUGUGUGUUUCAAACUUAUGCGGUGCAGCUGCAGGUGCUCCAGUGAAAGCUCGUGCAGUGACGGCCUCAACUGCUUUUACUAUUUACGCAAUUCAAGCUGCAACAUUGGGCAUGAUAUUGUGGCGAGGACAAACAAGGCUAAAAGUAAAGUCUGGUGGAACAAGCGGUUGUUGUGCAUGUUGUGGUGGAAGUGAUGAGGAUCAACAGGAAGGUUCAAAUAAAGUACCAAUGGUCCGACUGUUUGGAAAUAAAAAGAGUCCAGCCACUGUGGAAGAAGGAAUUCCAUCGGUAAAUGAACCUCCCGGCUUGUCUUUG